CGCAGCAUGGCGGGCGGGCGCCGCAGCCUCUGAGCUGCCGGGGCUGUGGGGAAUCCGCGUCCAUCCUGCGGCGCACCUGCGGCGCCGGUGCCGCCCGCCUCGCCGCUGUCACGCGGCGGGACAAAGGCCGUGAUGGCAGCGGGAGCCGCAGGGCUGUGAGGUGGCAGGGCGCCAGCCGGUAGGGUGGACAGAGCCGCCGAGCGGGGUCGCAGAGGGAACGAACUGCCGCUAUGGAGCUGCGGGUGGGGAACCGUUACCGGCUGGGCCGGAAGAUCGGGAGCGGCUCCUUCGGGGACAUCUACCUGGGAACUGAUAUUGCUGCUGGAGAGGAGGUUGCAAUUAAGUUGGAAUGUGUGAAGACCAAACAUCCUCAGCUCCACAUCGAAAGUAAAAUCUACAAAAUGAUGCAGGGUGGAGUGGGUAUUCCCACAAUUAAGUGGUGUGGAGCUGAAGGGGAUUAUAAUGUAAUGGUGAUGGAGUUGUUGGGACCAAGUCUUGAAGAUCUCUUCAAUUUUUGCUCAAGGAAAUUUAGCCUCAAGACAGUUCUCUUACUUGCUGACCAAAUGAUUAGUCGAAUUGAAUAUAUUCACUCUAAGAACUUCAUCCACCGAGACGUGAAGCCAGAUAACUUCUUAAUGGGCCUGGGAAAGAAGGGCAAUCUUGUCUACAUAAUAGACUUUGGAUUAGCGAAGAAGUAUCGAGAUGCUCGAACUCACCAACAUAUCCCGUAUCGUGAAAAUAAAAACUUGACGGGAACUGCUCGUUACGCAUCCAUCAAUACUCAUCUUGGAAUUGAGCAAUCUCGCAGAGAUGACUUGGAGUCCUUGGGCUAUGUUCUGAUGUAUUUUAACCUGGGCUCCCUCCCCUGGCAGGGACUAAAAGCAGCAACAAAGAGGCAGAAAUAUGAACGUAUCAGUGAAAAGAAAAUGUCUACACCCAUUGAGGUUUUAUGUAAAGGAUAUCCUUCUGAAUUUGCUACAUAUUUGAAUUUCUGCCGUUCUUUGCGUUUUGACGACAAACCAGACUAUUCCUAUCUAAGGCAAUUAUUCAGAAACCUCUUCCACCGACAAGGAUUCUCCUAUGACUAUGUAUUUGACUGGAACAUGCUCAAAUUUGGUGCAAGCAGAGCUGCUGAAGAUGCCGAACGUGAAAGGAGAGAACGAGAGGAAAGAUUAAGACAUACACGAAAUCCAGCUGUUCGUGGUUUACCUUCUACUGCUUCUGGCAGGCUGAGGGGAACGCAAGAUGUAGCUCCACCUACUCCUCUUACCCCAGCUUCACAUGCUGCCAACACCUCUCCUCGGCCAGUGUCUGGUAUAGAACGAGAAAGGAAAGUGAGUAUGCGAUUGCAUCGUGGUGCCCCAGUCAAUAUCUCAUCAUCUGACUUAACAGGCCGACAAGAUACCUCUCGCAUGUCAACUUCACAGAAGAAAUUUCCUAAAGCCAAUACGAGUGCUGAGGUGGUAACUUCAAUUCCAGCAAUAAUAAAAACAAACAUGUACCUCCCUGUUGCAUCCAAGAGUUUUCCUGAAAAAGACAUCAUUCCAGGUGCAAUGCAAAUGAUGUUGACUUCUGAACUAAAUGGAAUACUUACCUGCUGAUGGUGGACCAAUUAGAACAGCCAUAGCUUCUGCCAGGAGAACUAAACCGAUAGCACUGGAAAACUUCUGAGUACCAACGAUAGCCAUGAGAACUUCAAACUGAAGAGCACCUACCAUUCCAUAAGAAAUGCCAAAGAAAAUGCAAAAGACCACCAGGCCGCCGUAAUCAACAGACAUGGAACCCAUAAGAUCUGUAAAGCCAUUAAAAAUCAUAGCAAAACUGAAGAGGUAGACACAUCGUGGUCUAACCCACUUGAGACCAGCUACCAUUCCACAAAUAGGCCGAGCAAAGAUAUCAAUGAAUCCUAGAAUAGUCAGAAGAAAAGCUGCUUUUGUGUCUUGAUACCCUAAAUCCUUGGCAUAGCUCACAACAAAAACUGGGGGCACAAAAAGGCCAAGCACCAUGAUAGAGGCUGCUAGCGUGUAGAUUACAAAACCACUAUCUUUAAAUACACUGAAAUCCAGAAGCUUUUUCUUCACUUUCUUCUCAUCGAGUUCUUUGGUAACUUCAGACUUUUUGGGUGGCUCCAGAGGUCUCAUUAGUGCUCCACAUACACAGCAGUUGAGCAGCAUCCCACCCAGGAUAAGGAAUCCUCCUCUCCAACCAUACUCGUGUUGUAGUAUUUGCCCCAAUGGUGAGAGGGCACAAAGAAACACUGGGCUCCCAGCAGCAGAUAGCCCAUUGGCUAAAGGACGGCGUUUGUCAAAGUAGCGGUUUAACAUGAUGAGCGAAGGCUGAAAGUUGAGUGCCAGACCCAAACCUGUAACAAGGAUACAUAAAAAUUAAUACUGGCCUGCAAUAUUGCUAUAGGAAAUCUCUAAUUAUAGUUCUUCUGAUUCAAUUUUACUUCAAAUGGAUGUAAAAAUUCCAAGAUAACAAAGCUUUUGAAGAAAUUCUACCUCUGUAUUAUCUUACACUCUGUAGAUACAGGUCACUGAUUAUAGCAGUGGCUAUUGAACAUACUGGAAAAAAAUAACAUGCAUAAAAAAUAAAUAUGACAAGUCCAUUCCAUAUUGAACCAGUAUCUUUAUAAAAGGCCAUUUGGAUGCUCCUGAUGGUAUAGAGAUUUGUCAUUUACAUGAUUCUUCACACCAAAAGCUAAAACAUUAGCUAGCUCCUUUUCAACCAUGCACUCCACUUACCAGUAAUCACACCUGCAGUUAGAUAGAUCUGAACAAUGCUCGUGCAGAAAGAGGCUAUGACCAUCCCCAUUGAUGCAAAAAGGCCACCCACCAGCAUGACAGGGCGACAGCCAAAGCGAUUGACACAUACACUGCAGAGUGGACCUGGACAAGAAGAACAAGUUACAGUUAUAAACCAGUUUUUGCUAUCAAUUUUUAUGUUGGCUUGCAAUUCUUUCCAUACUUUGCCCACACUGUCAGGACAACCUGGGAGGGCAGUCUUGUCUCUUUAGUCAUAUAGUUAGUUGUCUUCAUCUUCAGAAUACCAUGCAUUUUUUCCUUUCUCACUAUCUUUAGUACCUACUUAGUUACAGGGAUUUAAUUUUAUAUGCAAGGUGGAUGUGCUUAGAUUUCUGGUUUCAUGUGAUUUGCAAUGGUUCUUUGAAAUGCCUUAAUUUUGCACUAGUAAUGAUAUGCAAUCGUGAUUCCCAGUGUAAAUGUUUGUAUGAUUUACAUGCAAUCUGUUUCAAAAACAGGUAACUACUUACCUGUCCCAUAAAGCAUGGCAAGCAGAAUGGAGGAAAUCCAUGCAGUGUCACUAUAUCCAACGCCAAAUUCCCGGAUAAGUUCUUUGAAGAAGACACUAACUGCCUUAGGAAAGGCAUAGGAGAAUCCUGUGAUGAUAAAACAGCCAAAAAGGACAGCCCAGCCCCAGCCUCCAUCAGGGGCUUUAACACCAGAUGGACCAUCAUCAGCUACUACAGCUCCCAUGAUGAAACUCAAGCGUGUUCCCUAAGACAUCAAAAAAAAAAAAAUUACUGGCUAUAGACAUUGGGACAGUAGUCUUAAGAAAACUACCCAAAGGUAGAUGCUAUUCUACCAUUAGUUACAAACAAGAUACGAGAGUAUUUUAAAUAUAAAUAUCAAAGACAUGGGGCUACUUUAACUAUUCCUUGUUUUGUCAAUUUAAAACUUGCAAGGUUGCAUACAAAUGAGACCCAUACAGUAGAAUUUUAAAUGACUGUCUCAUAGCUUUUUCAAAGUCAAAACUGAUCAACCAAACCAAACCACUGUUUCACAGAAAACUGUAGACAUUACUGCAGGUUAAGGAUGAAUUUGGCUUUCAUAAAAGUGUAGCAACUACUGCAUUAAAGUCUGGGGGAUUUUUGUUACAAGACUUUGUUAUGUGAAGCUGCUGAAUUAUUCACUUAAGAGGCCUGGAUGCAAACUGCUGGUGUCUCACAAGUGUUUGCUGCAACAGCGGAUAUAGCACCCAGGCUUUUUGUUCCUUCCUGAGGACAGCAGUGCAGCCCUAAUGCACAGAUACCUUAAAGCUUCUGAAAAGCUAUCAAUUUCUAUGCAUCAAUAAGUGCCUAAGCUAAAUUACAGUGAAAAUCUUCUCGGGAAAGUUUUGUGGAAGAAAUAGUUAAUAACUGCAGCAAUCUCUUUUCAAUAUCUCAGUUUAUCUAAAGUAAUACUUUCCAUUGGUGGUAUUAUUACUUUAUUAAUAUAAUUUCCCAGUAUUAUGUUUGCUGAAUCUUACUCUUCACACCUUCCACAUACAGACACAAACUCUACAAAAUAAAAUCUUUUACUGGGACAGUGUUUACGUACUAUGCAGUAAGGCUGCAGUUUUAAAGGGGGGGAGGGAGAGAUGCUGAGAAAAAGUCACUGGAAAAGGCAAGUGAAGUGCAUCUUUAUGGCGAAAUAGCAGGGAGAUCCACACAAUGCAGUUACAAUCCCUUCUCGAUGCAUAUAGCAUCUGCGCUAGAAGAACAAGCCAGCAAAUGGCCAAAAAAUCCAGUAGCAUCCUUGAUUCAAAAAAAUCUUUCUUUUAAAAUAUUUCAGGGUGUAAUGUACUUCAAGAUAACAGUCUACUUAUAAACAUAAUAUUCCACAGUUGACAAGUAAAUUAAAAAAAAAAAAAAAAAAAAAAAGGAUAGCUAGUAACUCAGAAAACAAGGGGCUUCUCAGACACUAAGUUUCAUCUAAAACAUAACCUUAAAAGCAGUUUUCCCACAACUUUUCAUAUGCAUGUUGCAGGGUGAGCAGCUGCCCUGAAGUUAGGUUGGUGGCUUACUGCUACCCUUUAGGCACAGGGCCAGGGCCAUAGAAAAGCCUCUUCUGCUUGGCAGAAAGGAGAGUUAAAACAUUGAGCUUAAAGCAAAAAAGUAAGAAAGGCUCUUUCGAAAAAAAAAAUAGAGGAGGCAUAAGGGCUGCCAAUCUGUCAAAACAGCAAGUUGUUUAUAAACAAGUGAAAUAUGUGUGAGUAAAGCAGAUAGCUGGAAGCAGACGGAAGUAACUGCUGACAAAUAAUGAGCAGCAGUUUUCUAAUACCUAGUGGCAUUUUUUUAAUGUGCAGUUGCUCCUGUCAAAUGUGAUUUGAUGCGUUCUCUGCUUCUGCAUAUAUAGUUAGGUUUCUAUAGGAUGCGCUUAUUAUAGAAGCCUUGAAAAUAUGAAGUGAAGCGUCAAAUCAACCCUGUUUAUAUAAAAUUUGAUCAUUUGUUCAAAAUACAUAUGACUUCCCACUGGGUCAUCGUUCCACUAUACUACUACCUAAAAGAGGAGUUCAAGCACAGUUGUACAUCAGAGAUGUCCAUCAGUAAGAAAUGCUUCUGCUUUGAAAAGUAUAGCCCAGUAUCGUAAUAGCAAUGUAUUCGAAUCAUGUAAUUCCUACAGAUCUAAUCUGGAUCAGACUGUGUAAGACACACAGUAUUGCUGAUGCAGAUUCACUGUCUGGAUAACUGAGCACUGACUGCAUAACUGUUAAUAGGCCUUAAUGAACGUACUUACUAUGGCAUUUAAACCAGCACUGCUGCCUCUUGGAAGAAACAACUUCAUAUACAAGACCCACAUGUAAACCUAGCCAUGACUAUAGCUGAUCUGUGCCCCUGGGCUGUUCAAGGACGGUAAGCCUCAUACCACCGGCUUCACCUCUUGUUUUCUGCAAAUAUAAGCAGAUAACAAAAUGUCUGAACUCCAUGCAAUUAGACGCUAAAAUGGUUAAACAUGGAGUGAAACAGAAAACAUAAUAAAACUAAGCAUCCUAAAAUCAGUGCCAUGAUUCUAGGUGUCUGGUUAAUUUGCUGACUGCCAUAAGAAUGUGCGCUUUGUUAAACUGGGCAGUUUUGUCACCAGUUUUGGGCCUCUAAAUAUAUGUCUUCAGACGCAGACCUCAUCUCUGCAAGCCCUCCUCACAGAGCAUGCGUCCACUCUUCAAAACUGUUUUCCCAGUAACUUCUGUAUGAUACACAUGCAUACUGCACUCUGUGAUAAUGAUUUUUGAUUGGUAAUACUAAAUUACCUAGAAUUCUCCAAAACCUCAUCUCCUUUAUACCCUUUGAAUGUUUUGCUAUAUAUUUAUUUAGGAACUUCAGCCCUCAACCCAAAGGCACCUAAAUCUCUACUGAACUUUACUAUUGUGAAAAUUUAUUUCAUUUUACCUUUCUUGCUUACAUUUGAAAAUCCAGGUCUCAAUUUGUAUCUGAAAUACAGAAACAAAUAGUAUUUGGAGAAAUAAAGAAUUUUCCAGGGAGGAAACAUCUAACUAGUUUAUCAAAAAAAAAAGAGGUGGAGAAAUGUUUUGGUAAUACGCAGCUAUGCCUUUUCUCCAUCCAGACAAAGAGCAAAAAGGCUUUUGUAAUACGGCAAAUAAAGAAGUAUUAAAUACCGAA